GUCCCUCCUUCUCUUUCCCUCUCUCCAUCAUCCCGCCGCCGUAUGCGACUGUCGUGCGUCGACCUGUUGUGGCUUGGCUGUGUUGUUAAUCGCCCUCGGUAUUGAAGGAGGAGGAACUUCUCCCACCGGGGGAGCCGAAUAGAUUUCUCCUAAAUAUCUAAUAUUCUUUUGAAGCAAUCGGGACUUGUCUUAGCCAAAGGGGUAAUUAUUUUUUAUGUUGUACUUUUGUAUUCUCAGAAUCUCAGUUAAUUAGUUCUGCUAGUGGUUAAAGAUUAGGUGAUCGUCGCGCUUCAAAGAAUAGGCAAGCGUCCAGUUGACAAGUUGUCAGCCUGAGAAAGAGGAAGCAUGUGAUUAUCAUUGAAUUGAUUGAGCAGCUGGACGAUUCAGAGUUUUGAUUGUGAUACAUGCCAUGGCGGAGCUUGAGAAUCCAUCGUCAAUGGCAGUUUCUGCAGCUUCCGGAGAAGCUAGCUUUUCGUCACCUGGACUUCAGAACGCGACUGAUGAACUCCCUCCCCCGAAAAAGAAGCGGAACCUCCCUGGAAUGCCGGAUCCAGAUGCCGAGGUGAUUGCUUUAUCGCCCAAAACACUGUUGGCGACGAACCGUUUCGUAUGUGAGAUCUGCAAUAAAGGAUUUCAACGGGACCAAAACCUGCAACUUCAUCGACGUGGCCACAACCUGCCAUGGAAACUGCGGCAGCGAACCACCAAGGAUGUUCGUAAGAGAGUCUACGUGUGCCCCGAGCCUUCUUGUGUCCAUCAUAAUCCGUCGAGGGCGCUCGGUGAUCUCACCGGCAUCAAGAAGCAUUUUUGUAGGAAACACGGCGAAAAGAAGUGGAAAUGUGAGCGAUGCUCCAAGAAAUACGCCGUACAGUCCGAUUGGAAGGCCCAUAUGAAGACUUGUGGAACUAAAGAGUACAAAUGUGACUGUGGCACCUUAUUCUCUAGGAGGGAUAGCUUCAUCACGCACAGGGCCUUUUGCGAUGCGUUGGCGGAAGAAAGCGCCAGAACCCGAACCCUAACCAUUGGAGAAGGCUCCGAGGGGAAUUCGAAUGGGAAGGUUGCUAUGGCUUCGCCGCCGCAGCCUCCACUGACCCCGUCAACGUCUGUGGUGUCUCCUGCUAUGUCCAUUCAGAGCUCAGAAGUCUCGGAAAACCCAAUCAGGUUGUCACCACCGUCCUCGAACGUAACGUGUUUACCAGCACCCACAGUCACAAACAGUGCUCCCUCCAGCUCGACCAGUGUUUUCGCCAGCAUAUUUGCAUCCUCAAAUCCUGCUCCUUCUCAGACAUCUUCAUCGUAUUCCAGUAUGAUGUCAAGCAUGGCUCGCUCGGAUUGCCCGACUACUACCCCAACGCUGUCUGCAAUAGAGCCCACAUCUCUGUCUCUCUCCACUUCGCUUUAUCUCUCCAAUAAUGACUCAUCCUUGUUCCCGGACCAACACGACCCUCGCCACUAUACUGCACCUCCUCAGCCUGCACUGUCCGCCACCGCAUUACUCCAAAAGGCAGCUCAAAUGGGUGCCGCUGCGUCCAAUGCAUCUUUGCUUCGAGGUUUAGGAUUAGCAACAGCAACUUCCUUGGCACAAAACGAUGGUACCUCGACGCAAUGGAAUAGCCGUGUAAAGACAGAGAAUCACUCAUUAACUGAUGAUGGCCUGGUCCUUGGAAUUCCUUCUGCUGGCAAUACGGGUUUUGCCGACUUGAUGAUGGGCUCGUCGUCGUCGCCGUUCGGGGGACAGCCGAUGACUCGAGAUCUUCUUGGUCUAAGCAUAGGUGGUGCUGGUGGCGGGGCCAGCAGCAGGGGCGGUCUUUCUGCCUUGCUUACCUCUUUUGGUGGUAGAUUUGAUGUUGCAGAUUCGUCGACGGGAGGGAGGAAUGCUUCGGCUGAAGACUAGGAGGAUGGUUUUUUUCCUCUCAUUCUCGUUUACUAGCCAGUCAUAAAGGGGUUGGGUUAUGUUACAGGCAGGAGGCACUCUACAAAUGGUGCUUUUUUGUUUUUAUAUAGUUUUUUCCUUUUGUCUUUUGUAUUCGUGUAGCCGCCCUUUAUCUGUAAGGAAGAUCAAGGAUCAAUGAAAACUGUAGAAGGUGAGAUUAAUAUUAUGACUAGGGGAUGUACAGAAACUCGUAUAAUUGGUGCUAUUGGCGAAAUCUGCUGCAUUGUAGCAAACCCUUUCUUGGCCA